GUCUUCGCCUACAUCCUCCGGCGGGAGAUGAAGGAGCCGGAAUGCCGUCAUCUCUCUCGCAAAUUCACCGAGUGGGCCUACGGACCCGUCCACUCCUCGCUUUACGACCUCUCCAGCAUCGACACCUGCGAGAAGAACUCCGUCUUGGAGAUCAUCGCUUACAGCAGCGAAACCCCGAACCGCCACGAGAUGCUCCUGGUUGAACCCCUCAACCAGCUCCUGCAGGAUAAAUGGGACAGAUUUGUGAAGCAUCUCUUCUACUUCAACUUCUUCACCUACACGGUGCAUAUCCUGAUCCUCACCGUCGCUGCCUACUACAGACCCACCAAGAAAGAAGGAACGCCUCCAUUUACCUUUCGCCACACGAGCGGCGAGUAUUUCCGGGUCACCGGGGAGAUCCUCAGCGUGUUGGGAGGCGCCUACUUCUUCUUCAGAGGGGUAAGGGGUUGGAUUAGACGACCUCCAAGGUCCCUUCCAACUAUGACCUCUGAGGUCCCUUCCGAUGCUCACUUUCGUGCCUUUUUUGCCCUCUUUCCCACCGCCGUGAUGUUCCCCUUCGUGACAGCCGUGGUGACCCUGAUCGAAGAAGACAACGAGGGCCGUCCGGAGACCGCCCCGCCGCUGGACGUCUGCCCGUGCCCCGUGAGGGCCCGCCCGUCCUACAACAACCUCUACACCACCUGCCUGGAGCUCUUCAAGUUCACCAUCGGGAUGGGCGACCUGGAGUUCACCGAGAACUACCACUUCAAGUCCAUCUUCAUCAUCCUCUUGCUGAUCUACGUGGUCCUCACCUACAUCCUUCUGCUGAACAUGCUGAUCGCCCUGAUGGGCGAAACCGUCAACAAGAUCGCGCAGGAGAGCAAAAGUAUCUGGAAGCUGCAGCGAACCAUCACCAUUUUAAACAUCGAGAACAGCUACUGGAAUUGCAUCGUCAACUCUUUCCGGUCCGGGAAGCGGGUUUUGGUGGGGAUGACCCCAGAUGGCAAGGACGAUUAUCGCUGGUGCUUUCGGGUGGACGAGGUGAAUUGGUCAACAUGGAAUACCAACCUCAGCAUCAUCAACGAAGAUCCCGGAGGACAGACAGAAGAGCUGAAACGCAACCUCAGUUUUUCUUUCAAAUCUGGCAGAGUUUCAGGGAAAAACUGGAAGACCUUGGUGCCGAUUCUAAGAGAUGGAAAACGAGAGGGAUCCCUCAAACCGAUUUCGGAGGAUUAUGCUGAUUCAGACGAGCAAGAUGUCCGGAAAAAGUCCCUUCCCAAGUUGGUUUAA